CCAUACAACCGUCAUUUUCAUAUCACCCUCUCCCUUCAAAUUUUUGAAUUCCAUCUCCCUUUCUCUUCUUCUUCCUUAACCCCUCUCUCUCACGAAAAGAACCAACCACAACAUCCAGCCGCCAGCCGCACCCACCAACCUGCCGCCUGCCAGCCUGUCGACUACUCCUCAAGGCUGACCACCACCUGCGCGCCACCACUAGUCGCCAGCACGCCUCCUUUCUUUCCCCCAUUUUUGUGAGCUAUACCUAUUCUUCUUCAUCUUCCUUACUUCUUGUUUGUGAUUCCUUUGAUAUGUGUAAUGAAUUUCAUAUUUCUUCUGGAAUUUGAGUAAAAUAUAUUGGUUUUGUUGUGGGUAAGAAUUACAACGUUAGACAUGCUCCAAAAGGAUGUCAAAAAUGGUGUCAUCCACUAAUUUAAACCAACAUCCGCGAAUGAACUGUAUGAAAAUUGGGGAAAAGGAAUUUGUGGACUUUGUGAUGAACACUUUGUGUAAGUGAAUAGCUGAAAAAAAUAUUAGUAACCUUUGACAUUGCCCUUCAUGAUUCUAAAUCAUCCUCAUAUUUUCGUAAUUAGAAUUUGAUAUUAUGAUGGAUAAGGGAUGUUAUUGUUGAACAAUUACGAUAUGUAUAUUAGUAUCAUGGCUGUGAACGUAUAAUUAUUAACUACAGUAACUUGCUAAAAUGUGGUAUAUAUAAUUGGAUUAUAUACUUGAAACAUGUAUUAUGUUAUGAGUUAUUAAUCUGAGUUGUUAAUCUACUAAUCAGGUCAUGAUGUAUGAUUUAAAAUGUCAUAAAAUGAUUUGAUCAUAUAUAAUUAAUGAAAAGAGCAUUUCAUGUUAAGUAAAAGGUUAGGAUUAUGUUAUGAUAAGUAAGGUUAGCGGUGAAUCGAUUUGGGAGUUGAUGACCAACCAAUUUUGUAAGAUUCAUGUAUCCUUAGGUCUAGGGUGUCUAAUUGUAAUACGAGUUAAGUGUUAAGCAACUUCGUGCACUUUACUUUUAGGGCUUUGUUGUUUUGAUAUUUUACCCCCAUUUAUGAUUUAAAUUAUAAUAGUUAAACCUUUCGUACAUUACAAGAUUAUCACAAAGUACGACCUUAGAUGGUCAUGUAGAAGUGGAAAAGUUGUUUGAAGAAUUACAUUUGAUGACAGGACAUUUCGUGUUGUUACGAGCUCAAGUGAUACACUUUUUAAAAGCCACAUGUGCUAGAUCCGUUACUUUUGUAAACAUUGAGGAGAGUUGUCUUAUUACGAGAACAUAUUGAGACCUAGAUACUAAGGUGUGUAGUACUGAGAUCAGAGAUAUUUAAUAAUUAGAGUUCCAUGGUCUAACCACACUAUCCCUGCCUAUGUUUCGAGGCCAGUGAGUUACGAGGUCCUAACUAAGUUUUAAGGGGGGUAGAAUGCGAUAGAAUUUCGCGCGUUUACACGCAUUUUCUCCUGCGCUUUCACGCAUUUUUGCCUCUAUGAUAUCAACCUUUCACAAACUUACAUGCGUUUGAUUGAUUGUUUGAAUCAAUUGGUGUGAUAUUUACAUGCUUUUGAUUAGUUGUUGAGCCAAUUUAGGUGAUUAUAAAUACUCAAAAUGUGAUAUGUAUGAAUAUUCUGAUAGAUUGAGUAUCCUUUUGUUAAUAGUGUCAAUAAAGUCACGAUCCUUGAGUCAAUUAUGGAGCUUAAAAUCGUUAAAACCCCUUCAUGAGUUAUUAGAAAUACAAUUUUCAUGAGUUGUACUCUUAUUACUCUAGUUUUGGGGACGAAACUCCUUUUAAGGUGGUAGUCUGUAACACCCCGAGAUUUUCAGACGUCAUUAAUUAAUAUUUUAAUAACUUUUGGAUAUUUUAUAAUUAUAUUAAAUUAAUUUUGAAGUAGUUUUAAUAAAUUCCUUUUAUUUACGAAUUUAAAUAUUAACAUAUAUUUAUAUUACAAAUUCAAUUACGAUUUUUAAAUAAAGAGGUUCGAAUCAAAAUAAUUAUUUUAUUAAAAUGUGUGAGCACACGAAGGUGAGUUUUUUAGUUGGGCCUCGCAAGAAGAUGAACCUAGGUAAAUAAAUAAAUAAAUAAGUGUAUAAAUAAUAUAAAAGGAUGGUUAGGCUUGUGAGUACUCCUUCACUCACUCAAAACACGCCUCCCCUUUCCCUCUCCUCUUCCCUUCUCUCGUUUCCACUGCGGCACACCACCACCACCAGCCACAUAUUCUUCCUCCACCGGUGAGCAGCCACCGUAGCAGAAGCCCCGCCUUCCUCCCUCACGGCACCCAGCAGCAAUGGCUGCUUUGUUCUCUUCCUCCCCCCUGCAGCAGCGUGAGUCUCCAAGCAGCAGCAGCCACCUUCGUGGUGGUUUUCCCGGCAGCAGUAGCCCAACACCACCAUACCAACUCCUUCCUUCUUCACCCUUCUCUUGUUUUAUCUUAAUGGGAAGAUUACUCGAGUAACGUGUAUCCUCCAUUUUCACUACUCUCGAAUGGCAAGUACCUGCUUUCAAUACUUGCGACGGGCUGCUAGGUUAUCGUUUUCAUUAUGCAAAUCUUCCCAAUUAAAUUUCCUUUUUUCUAGGUUGACUUUGCAUAACCCUAGCUUAAUCGGGAGAACAUUGGGUCCUCCAAAGCUACCAGAAUUCGUUUUAGUUUCACGAAAUUUCAGUUAUGGUACAGUUAAUUUGGUUAUAAUGCAAGGGAAACCCAAAUUUGAAGUGCAAGAAUCUGAUCCUCCAAAGAAAGAGAAAUGGCAAACAAAGAAACGACUUAAAAUGCAGAGGAUGAGGGAGAAACAAAAGAGGAAAGCUGCGAAUAGGAGAGAUCCACGACGUCUCACAGCUAAGAGGAAAAAGCAAAAGUUUGCUAGUGUUGAAGAAAGGAUCAAAGACAAGCUGGAAAAGGCAAGAAUCAAAGAGGCCUCAUUGGUUGAACGGCUAAAAAAGUAUGAAGUUCCUAAGGUUCAGGGUCCUGUUGUUGAACCACACAAGCUUACUGGCGAGGAGAAGUUUUAUUUUAGAAAGAUGGCUCAGAAAAGAUCUAAUUAUGUUCCAGUUGGGAGAAGAGGCAUCUUUGGCGGAGUUGUUCUCAACAUGCAUAUGCAUUGGAAGAAACAUGAAACAGUGAAAGUUUUUUUUAAGCCUUGUAAACCGGGUCAAGUACAUGAAUAUGUUAAAGAAAUAGAGCGAUUAAGUGGUGGGAUAGCAAUACAAGUAAUUGGAGAUGACACAGCUGUAUUCUAUCGAGGAAAGAAUUAUGUGCAACCGGAAGUUAUGUCUCCCAUUGAUACAUUGUCCAAAAAAAAGGCAUUGGAGAAAUCCAAGUACGAGCAGUCACUGGAGACUGUGAGGCAUUUCAUUGCUGUUGCUGAGAAAGAAUUGGAGCUCUAUUACAGGCAUAUAGCACUGUAUGGUGAUUCAAACAAAAAGCCCUGCAAUGCCAUUUCUCAAAAUUUAGGAGAGGAGGCAAUUCACACUGCAAACCUUAAUGCCUCUAAAAGUGAAAACCACACGUCUACCCUCAAUUCUCUAUGUCAUGCGAAGGACUAUGAUUCCUCGGAUCCAGAAGUAGACGGUGUUGGAAACGCUUCUUCUAGUCAGCCAGAGCAAGAUGAUGACUGCCUGUCUCAGGAUGAAGAUAAUAUGGAUUCAGAAGUUGCUCGAGGAAGCGUUUUGAAAUGGUAGGAAGUCGUAAAGAAAAACAAAUGAGUCUCAACAGUCGCAAUAGCUACCUUUGAGAUACGAAUGUUGCCUGAAUUAUAGGGUAAGAAUUAAAGUUAUGGUAAAUGUUUGCAUGCAGCUAAAUGCCUGUCAUAUUUUUAAUAUUUGCAACUUGUAACUCAGCAAGUUAACAGCCCCAGAUAUGUCUCCUUAUGUGUAUUCAAUGUUCAUCUAAUAUUUAAGGCAUUUCUGAAAUGCUAUAUACCUAGAAGAAAGUGAUUGUUGGAAGUUGGAACCCUAAACACUAAAGUGAUAUCUGAUCAUAUUGCAUAUUUCAGAUUCUGUGAGUUAUUGUUUCAUGCAGAAACUGUCAGACUUGUUUUCCUUGAAGAUAACAUCAUUUCUAUUCAUGCAUUUAUUGAUGUUUAAUUUUGUUUUAGGUUAAACCAUUUCACAAAGGUGUGAUCUCAUGGGAAUGCAAUGAAAGUGGAACAUAUUCACGACCAGCACAAUCGUCGUACGUUUUGCUCUCAAGUUGUUACUAUAAAACAGUGUGGCAUAGCUAGUUUAGCCAAGUUUAUAGAUUUAGACUUGGCAUGAUGCAAUCGAACUACUAUUAGGAAUGGCCUGCUUGUUGCUUGAUUCCCGGUUUUUACGAAAGGUUUAUACCGCAAACUAUGCCAAAAUGGGGCUUAAAUUUUUUGUAUAUCUGUGAAUGUAUUUAAUUUGAAUCUCUUAAUUAAAAAAUUAGGGUUGAUUUCAUAAUAAUCUAGUCUACUCUAAUUGAAACCAAUUUGACUUGAGGCGCUUGUGUUCACAACACGAAAGUGGGUACCUAUUGGGCCACACCCAAAUAUAGAUAACAUAUAAGACCAUCUUCAAUGUGAUGCUCAAGAGAGAUGACCAUAGGAGAGAAACUAAGGAGUUUAAGGGUACACAAAUUCUUACUUGAGACCGUCUCUAAAAGAGACGUCUCAAUUUUGGGGCAGCCCAAUUUUUAAUUAGAAAAACAUUAAUUAAAUUUUCUAAACAUGCGUGUAUAGUUGGGUAUAUAAUGAUUUGUAUUUGGGGUUAUUGUAACACUGAGAUUUUCUGACGUCAUUAACUAAUAU